GACAGAGACUGAACAGAGAAAACAUGCGAUUCUGCUGCGCACAACUGAACUAGCGGCUCUCGCGACCUAGAAUCAGGAUCCUGACUCGCCGGCGCGAUGGUAAUUGCUCGAGAACUCAACGGCGGCUCGGAGAUCUCCAGCGAUCAGCAGUGCUCCUCUGUGCACGCUUGGACCAGCACCAAUCUUAGAUCAACAGCGGACGACGAUCGGUUCAGAAAGGUAGCGGCUCUUCUCUGGUUCUUGACAGCGUUGUAGUGGCGAUUCCUCUCACGACGACAAUCUCAGGCUCUGCUCGCACGGUUGAACCCCAGGAAUUACAAAUACAAGUGUGCUAUAUAUACGAAGAGCAUACAUUAUACAUCUACGGUUUUAUUACCUAAACACAUGGUUUUUGCCGCUUCUUGCCUCGCACUCGCCACGGAAAUAAUCAUAGUGACACGCCACAUGCCAUGCGAUCCAAUUUUUACUUUGCCCAUUGUGCUGCUUUCCUCUCCAUGAGUAGCAGUGUGUGGCAAGGUAAAACCUCACCGCUGCCAAUGCUCUAAAUACCAUUGGACAUUGUUCUUGCCACUACCCAUUACUCAAGCACUAUUUAGAAAAUUAAAAAGUUCAAGUACUAAAUUGGGAAAUGACAUAUGUUUUAGUACUAUUUAAUGCAAAUUUCACUUAUUAUAAAUAGAGUGGAUUUAAUCAGUUAUGGUGUGGAUUUAGCAUCAUCCUAUAAGUAAUUCGAGGGAGUAUGAUAAAUUAAAAUUGUGGAUGAAGGGUAUAUAUACAACACCUUUGUUUUAAAAAUUAAUGAUUCAUCCACCCUAUAUUACUGGUAAAUUAAACCUCCUCGUCACGGCUCGACUUUAUCCACUUUCAUCCCUUUACUUGACUUUGCAGUCAAAUUGAUGCAAUUGGAGGGAAUAUGAAUUCGAGUCGAGAUGAAGUGAAAAGCGUUUAAGGAUAAAACUUCGAGAAGUAGAGGAAAACACGCUCAAGCCCAAAAAUGUGAUGUUAUAGUCAAUAUGAUCAAAGAAGUUUCUAGGAAGGAUAAACCUUUAUCUACCCAACCGCGUCUUCACCAAACAGAUUACAAUGUCACCCCCAAACCUAUAUAUAUAUAUAUAUAUAUAUAUAUAUAUAUAUAUAUAUACACACCCACCCUUGACCAUACCAUAUUACCAUACAUCUCUUUAUUCAAACAUUGCAACAAUUUAUUUUAUUUUAUUGGACAAAAUUCAAAUAUAAUUACUCCCUCUUUGUUCGAUUUCCGGUCGAGGCAUGUCGGAAACUCACUUGAACGGAGCCUACUACGGCCCGUCCAUCCCCCCGCCGCCGACGAAAUCCUACCGCCGUCCCGGCCGCGGAAGCGGCGGCGGGUGCUGCUGCUGCUGCUGCGACCUCUUCAGCUGCCUCUUCACAUGCGCCUGCAACUGCCUCUUCAAGAUACUCUGCACCCUCAUCCUCCUCCUCGGCGCCGCCGCCCUCGUGCUCUGGCUCGUCCUCCGCCCGCACAAGAUCAGCUUCCACGUCGAGGACGCCGCCCUGACCCGGUUCCACCUCUCCCCGGCGAACAACACCCUCUACUACGACCUCUCCGUCACCGUCUCCGCCCGGAACCCGAACAGGCGCAUCGGCGUCUACUAUGACUCCGUCGACGCCACGGCGUUCUACCGAAACCGCCGGCUCUCCACGGUCCAGAAUCUGGGGGGGUUCUACCAGGGGCACAAGAACACCACCGUCCUGAAGGCGGCGUUCAGGGGGCAGAGCGUGGUUCCGCUCGACGGCGGCGACAGGGGGGGCUACGAUGGGGAGACGAAAGAAGGGGUUUACGGGAUCGACGUGAAGCUUAAGAUGAGAAUCCGGCUGAAACUGCGGUGGAUCAAGACGAGGAAGAUGAAGCCCACCAUUGAAUGUGAUCUCAAGGUUCCAUUGUCGGGAUCCAAGAUUCCAUUUGAGAGGACUCGGUGUCAUCUUGACUGGUAGAUGCGCGUGGAGAUUAUAUACUAUUCUGUAUUUAAUUUGUUUGCGGUCUAAUUAUUUUUUUAAAAAAAUUUGUUACCUUUAAAUUUUUUCCCUUGUAAUUUUUUUUGUUGUGAAUAAAUAAAAGGCGUCAUU